CAACAAAUGCUUGGUUAAUUGCCAGACCGGAUUCGUCUUGCUGUCGCUGGCUCACCCUUUCCUCUACAUACGUGCAACCCAGCUCAUUCCCCCCUUUUCUUAAUCUCACCAAGAUUCCUCCACUUAUAUAUCCCCUUUCAACUACGCUCUCUCUAUUUACUUUCUGUUUGAUUCUCAACAACUUUUCAGAUUUGAGAAUUUUUUUCCCCAGGAGAGAGGGCAGGCCAGCCAUGGAUCCGUGUCCUUUCGUGCGAAUUAACAUCGGAAAUCUAGCGUUGAAGUUUCCGGCGAAGUAUAGAACGCCGGUGGACUCUUGCUACUGUAAAAUCAAGCUUAGCGGCGGAUUUGCCACCCAAUUUUCGACGGUGCCGGUGAUCCAAGACGCGGAGGGUGUUGUGGAGACUAGGGUUCACGCCUGCUACACCUUGAAGAAAUCGGAGCUUGAGAAGAUGGUGGAGAGGUUGAAGGGGAAAUGUUGCAGCUUAAAGAUUGAGAUAUUUUCCGGCCGGAGUGGAAUCGGGUGCGGGUUUUUUAACGGCGGGAAGCGCGUGGGGAGCGUGGCGGUGGCGUUGGAUUUGAAGGGGUUGGAGAACAGCGCGAGUAGUAGCAGAGGGUGUGUGUUGCAGAACGGGUGGGUCGAAAUUAAGGGUUCUUCUGGUGCGGGUCUGCAUGUUAAUGUUAAGUCCGAGCCCGACCCGAGAUUCGUGUUCCAGUUUGAUGGAGAACCCGAAUGCAGUCCUCAGGUGUUUCAGGUCAAUGGGAAUGUAAAGCAGCCGGUUUUCUCCUGCAAGUUCAGCUUCAGAAACAGCUGCGAUCGUAACUUGAGAUCCAGAUCUUCACUUUCAGAGCCGAGCACAUCAGCAAAUUGCUUUAGCGGAACAGAUGAGAAUGAAAAACCCGGGAAAGAGCGGAAAGGAUGGUCGAUCACCAUCCACGACCUCUCCGGCUCGCCGGUGGCGGCGGCGUCAAUGGUGACGCCAUUUGUUCCGUCGCCGGGGAGUGACAGAGUGAGCCGGUCGAAUCCCGGCGCGUGGCUCAUUCUCCGGCCCGGCCAAGGCACGUGGAAGCCGUGGGGCCGCCUGGAGGCGUGGCGAGAGAGCGGCGCCGGCGACCCCCUAGGGUUCCGGUUUGAAUUAAUCCCCGACGGGAUCACAGACACCGUCACAUUAGUAAACUCGACGAUCAGUAUGAAGAACGGCGGCAACCUUAACAUAGACAUAAUGAACGGACCUACGCCGUUGACUAGUCCAAGCAGCAGCUUCGAUUUCGGCUCGGGUUCAUGGUCCGGGCCCGGAUCCGAUUUCGGGUCCAAUCAGGGAUCCGGGUCGUGGGCCCACAUGCUGUACAGAGGUUUCGUGAUGUCGUCGACGGUGGCCGGCGACGGAAAACGCAGCAUGCCGGAGGUGGAAGUUGGGGUGCAGCACGUGAGCUGCACGGAGGACGCCGCCGCGUUCGUGGCGUUGGCGGCGGCAAUGGAUCUAAGCAUGGAUGCUUGUCGGUCAUUUUCUCAGAAGCUACGUAAAGAGUUGAGGCAAGCGGAUCGAGAAUGAAAAGAUUCUCUCGUGAUUCCCUUAAUUUUAGCCAUUUUAGCUGGCCACUGUACAUUGUAUAUUUGUAUUCAUUUAUUGAUUUGUAUUUUGUACGAUGAGUUUUGAUUGAGGAAUGAAUGAAUUCUUAUUUGGCAUCA